UUGAGGAAGUGAUGUGUUGGCAUUUUAGGGAGAAUUUGUUGCAAGGUACAGCAAAUCCGUCAAAUAUCUAUCUUACAUGUUUGUAGACGGCAGACGGCAACCUGAGAAUGCAGGUUUGAAUAAGCAACACUAUUUCGACUUACUGAGUGAAGGGAGGAUGGGGAAGAAGGAUGCUGCCAGGGCCCCGGUCGAGGAGUACCGUAAACAGAUCGGUAAACAAGACUACAAGAAGACCAAGUCAGCUCUGAAGUUGAUGAGGUUGAAGGCUGAGGCAAAGAAGAGUGCUCCUGGAAUCAGGGAUGUUUUCCUGGUCGUCUUAGCGAUCCUGGUGUUGGUGCUCUGUGUCUACGCUUUCUUCUACCUCAACCUGAGCACUGAGCUGGACCUGGACCUGGACCUGGACUGAAGGAGGAGUGGACCAGGGGUCACGCUGGGCUGGGCUAUUGUCAGGCUCUGUCAACAUGGCAUGGCUCAUUGUCUAUUCUCAGACUCUGUCAACAUGGCUCAUUGACUCAUUCCCUGCCCCCUUGACAUAUCUGGAUGCAAAUUUGAUCCAGGACUAGCUCUCUAGUGGCAACUAGGGCCCUAUCAAAACUGUUAAUCUUUUUCUGCCUGAUUCCGUUUUCUCCAUUUCUUUGUUUCAUCAGGUUCCAUUCUUUUUGCUUUCGCACUCACAUACUUUCAUAUAAUUCAGUUUGGUUCUAAGUCCAGAACAAUGCUUAAACCACAGCAGGAGACCACUUUUGAGGUCUGGGAAAAAAAUAUAUAAAAAAUAAUUUUGGAUGCAAGUGCACACCAGCAAGAGACUGUUGUUUGGUAAGUGAUGAUACUGUAGCGUUCAUGUGAUGGCAGAGUUUGGAAAAACAAAUAGCCACUGGAUUGAUGCAAAUAACCAUGAUAUCAUUCUGCCAGGUAGGCAUAGGCUACUUUUGUAUUUAACAUUUUAAUUGAGAAGGUUUUUGGGAAAGCUUUUCCAUCUACCGGAAGACGGUUGACAUUGCAUUAGCAUCAUCGCUAACGGGAACACAAAGUGGUAGACAAACGAAGUUGAAGGAUUAAUGAAUCACUGGUGCAUUUUGUUCAUGUCUUUAUAAUAAUGUUGGACACUUUAAUGAAUGUUCCACUGAGUUCAAUACAUUUAGUUGAUUUCCUACUCAGUUCAAUACAUUUAGGAAUGUUGUCGGAAUUCCGUUUUAAUGUCUGGAUUCCCGUGAUUCCGUCCGUGUUCUCCGCAACACGGAUGUUCUACAUACAUCUGCCCUGGACAACUUCACCCUACUCCUCUGGGUCACCAUCUGAAGAGUCUUCCUGAUUCCAGAGGAGACUUCACAAUCUCUACCUGGCACUAACAGAAGGAGAGACACGGAAUAUUGUCUUCUAUGUGACACUAAAGACAAUCAGCCUUUUGUAGGAGAUUAUUAUUAUUCUGCAUCAAUCAAUUGAAGUUUUAAGCCGUCUUGGAGAUUACCUUACCUUGAUUGUUCGAAAACACUGGCACUGUCUUUUUCAUUGAUUAUUUUUGUCUUUUUUUAAGGUAAAAAAAAUAAAAACAUUUGGUUUCUUUGC